UUCACUUGGAAAAAGCACCAAUGUUUUUGGAAAGUCGGACGUCGAUCUUGUGAUGUUUGUAAACAACAUCAAGUCUGUCGAAGACCUUUCAAUGGAAAUGCCAAACCUGCUGAAUAUGUUGGAAGAUGCCUUGAACUCGAAGUGGACAGAUUUUGCAGGAUGUUUGGAGCAGGGAAACCGCUCGGACCGGGGACUGCAGUACAACCUCAGUUGCGGAGAAAGCGACCAUGUCCAUGACGUGGACAUCUUGCCUUCCUUCAACAUUCUCCGAGUAAAAACUCCAGAUGAGGUGUUCACAGAAAUGAAAUCAAAGACGGACAAUGAGAGGAGGCUGUACGCGCCAUGUUUUUCUCAGAAACAGGUGGACUUCGUUAAGCAAGCUCCUAUCAAAGUGAAGAAUCUGAUACGGCUUGUGAAAUACUGGGCAAAGGUAGAAGUCAACAGAGAAGUCAAAGCUGUGACGUCAUUCUUCCUGGAACUAGUUGUCAUCUCCCAUUGGAAGAAGAACGGCUCCCCAUUCGACUUCGUCACCCAGGAUUGGUUCCGGGAGGUCAUGACCAAGCUGACCGAUCUGACGUCACUGCGGAUACUGUGGCCCGACCAAUACGACGCAGCUUUGUACUAUGUAUUUCCAAGGAAUCCGGUCGUAUUGGAUCCCACCAACCCUUACAUCAACGUAGCCCCUCGACCAAAGCAUCACUCCCUGGUGAUGACGUGUGCCCAGAACGUGUUGUACAGGAUGCAGGCGUGGCAGAACUACAGAACAGGGCGUUAUGCUGACAGUUAGAACACUCUGAGUAGCAGGAUUUGUUGCACUGAUACAUGGGAGUGCUUACCCAGUGUAACAGAUCAAGACGAAUGGCACUGACAAGGCAGAUUGUCCAAAUCUGCACAUUAUUGUUGAAACCCAAGUAUAUCACAACACUUCUUUCUUGUUUGGUUUGUUGUUUAGCGAUGCGCACAUAAAAUAUUCCAGUUUUAAGAGGAUGACCUGUAAAUAAUCGCGUCUGUACCACAUAUCUGGUGUCUUACAGGAAGGUCAACGAUCUACACAAGCUAUAGGACGGAAUGCAGCUACAAAAUCAGGGUACCUGACCGCGCGUUCCCGUUGCUCUCAGGCCGAGAUCCUAUGCAGCAAUUUAACAUGGAUCCCUCAGACACAAUUACUAUCUCCGAGCCGACUCUUGUUUCAUCCCUUUGAUGUCGAGCGCCAGAAGGAGUAACAUUAAGAAUCGUAUUUUAAGGUCUCAGUAUGACGCGGACGGGGUUCGAACCACGUACUAACCUUCCACCCGUGACGAUCCGGGUUGGAAAUGGUGGUCAGGCUGGCUGACUUGGUUGACACAUGUCAUCGUAUCCCAUUUGCUUAGAUCAAUGCUCAUGCUGUUGAUCACUGGAUUGUCUGGUCCAGACUCGAUUAUUUAUAGUCCGCCGACAUAUAACUGGAAUAUUGCUGAGUGUGGCGUAAAACUUAACUCACUCACUCACUCAAGUAAAGCCAACCCACCUUGACAACCAUUGAAGCUCCGAGUGACGUGUGAUGUUGCAGGAAGUACGUGACACGUUCAACAACACGGUCACACUGUUGGCGGAGCUCGCUGCUCGGCUGUAUAGUGUCCUGACUGAACUGCUGCAGGGUCUGUCCCCUUCCCGCGGCCAUAUUGCUGGAAUGUUGCUGAAUGCGGCAUAAAACAACAAACAAAACCAAAACACCAAUCUUCCGGUCGGCGGGUAUUCACUCAAAAACGCGGUUAAGUUGGGUAUCAUAAACAAACAUGGUUGAUUGGUCGUUCAGAUCGUAGAACGAGAAAGCAGGCAUGUCUACUGGCUAACGCAAAAAGAUGGCUUAUGGCAACACUAUGCAAGAUAUUCGAUGGUAAACCUAGAAAAUAUCGAUAUCCCGAAUUUCCCAUAGAAUCAAUUAAAAAACCUAAUUAAAGACAUUAAGAAUGUCUUUUGGAAAGAUGUUUUUCAACUAUUUAUUUUAAGUUGCAAACCUUUGAGAAUAUUGACGAAUUCACAUAUCUCCCUUUCAUAUAAUGAUUUUAAAUCAUAUUAAAUGGUAUCAGUGUGGAAUUAGAUACAUUCGGGACCUAAUGACUGAUUCAGGACACUUAAAAGAAUUCAAUGUCUUGAAAUACGACUUCACAUUAAAUGACAAUUUCAUUUCUUAUUUCAGAUUUAUACGUUUCAUGCCUAACUCAUGGAUUAAAUUAUCAAAAGAAAGCCUGGUUAACAGAACAACUUUAAAUAUUAAUUGUAAGAUUCUCAGGGACAAUAUUUCAUCACUAGAUUGUAAACUAUCUAUAAACUGAUUCGUAAUGAUGAGGGUAUCUUUUCUCUGCAAUAGUUUACUUCUAAAUGCAACUCAAAGUUGGAUGCACACAAUCAGAAAAUUACCUUUCCCGAAGUUUUAGAUCAAUACGAAAUUGUUGAGGACAGCAGGACACGGAAUUUCCAAUAUAAACUCGUAUCAUACCAUUUCUUUACAAAAUAGGAUUGAUAGAGGAUAACAUGUACAUUUUGCCAGUCAGAAAGUGACACAUUAGAACAUUUAUUGUUUUCCUGUCGAAAAUUUCAAAUUAUGAUAAAUGAGUUCAAAUUCUAGUAUGAUAGUCGAACCUAUUAAAAAUUAGACUUAAAUAUACUCCUGGAAACGAAUACGGGGACACGUGAAAGUACAAGAAGCGUUCAUUUCUUCUUUUUCCAGGUUUCUUCACAAGGUAUUGUAUUGCACUGUGAGUGAAAUUCUGGAAAUAAAUAAAGGAACAUUUGUAAUUUCAUAUGUUCCCUUAUUCGUUUCUAUGAGUAUAUGAAUAAUUUCCUUCUUGGCGAACUAAAGAUGAAUAUCCGAAGGGCUUGAAAACCACCCUUUUAUAAUAACCAAGAUUGUCAUUCCAAUAACACUAUGCAUAUUCCAAAAUUUACCAAAAAUUACCUCUAUUAAAAUAUAAUUACAACAUAGAAAAAUUCAUUUCAGGAGACAAUACCAAAUUCGCCCCCGUCCCCCUUACAAUUAUUUGGCAAAUACUUACUAUCUCUUCUCCACUUUCUUACUUUUCUAUAUCCCUAUUCCUUUUUCUUUGUACUUUAUUCAUACAACCAUUUAACUUAUCUCGUCUCUUAUUUAUUUCGAAGCUUGAAUAUACAGUCGAACCCCAAUGUCUCGAACUCGGUUGGGGCGAAUUGUCGGUGGUGUCGAAGUCAUCUCUCGGUCCAUGCCGAUUUCCUGUAUUUAUCAUUAUGUCUAUGCUGACAGAUGUGUCGAACACUCUGAUACGUCGAACUGUUCCCCUGGUCCCUACGAGUUCGACACAACGGGGUUUGACUAUAUGUAUUUUCUGUAUUAUCCAGCUGUAUGAAUGUUGUAUUAUGUGCUAUCGUAAUGCAAAAUAUAUUAAAGAAUUACUGCUUCUA